UUUUCAACCUCAUGACGUCUACAGUGUUUACUGUCUUCCGCAUUACCACUGGACUGCUCGAUGAAAGCCACAAGAAAGUCACAUUCUCCGUUUCUUGUGUGAGGACGUGAAUGAUUGGGUCAGUGUACAAGUUCCUGAUUUUGAAUCAAUGCAGAACUAUUACAAAGGAUCCCCAGAUAUGGCUUUGAUAUGUCAUAUACGAGCACAUAUUCGCAUGUGAUCACCUAAAUUUGUGAAAACAAUGGCAGAACGUGGAAUGAAGCCUUUAGAGGGAGGAUGUCCGAAUCUCGGCAAGGUCUUUGAGAUCCUGUCCCAAGCUCCGCAAGAGCGCCUGUUCAGCCUGACGUACAAAAUGGGCCGCAAACCGACUGAGGAACUGAUUCAUGCCAUUUGUUUGAUUUUCCUGAAGAAACACGAAGCAGCACAUGCUAAGCUAACAGCUAUCAAGGAUAGCAGUGUUGGAAACUGCUUGGCGGAAAUGAUCAAAACACAUGGAGAGCAUUUGAACUGUAGCCACAUUAGUGGUUUUAUGCCAACGGAUGUCAAUUCGUUGUUGGUUAUCGCAAGAAUUUUCGCCAUUUUGGUGCAGGAGAAUUUGUGCGACAAGUCGCAACGAGAUAAAGCAUACUGCACAGCACUUGAAUCAUACAGAACGGCUGGUUUGCCAUGUCAAAGAGAUGUCGAAGAGGAAGUUAAGCAAGUCUGCGGACCUGACGUUAUCAGUACUUCAAACUCAGAACUUUCUACAGAAACAUGCAAUCUUAAUUCUCUCAAGGUAUCAGACACAAACAUCCAUCCACUACCUUCGACAUCAAGUUCAGGUGAUAGUUCAUAUCAUCUUGAAAUUAGCUCACCUACGGCUUCAGAAGGCAAUAUCGAAGAAUCAAAGCCGAUGAGCCUCCACACGCCAACAGAAUUCAAAAGUCAAAACAACUUACAAAGUUGUCAUGAGAAAUCAACAAAUAUUUACGGAAACAGCCAAGCACAGACUGCAGAAUUCAAUGGCACAACCAAGUCGAAUCGGUGUCUCCAUGACAACACCACCUCACAAUUUCUGACGUCCAAAAACACUCAUUUUUUAUCCAGCCCAAAUGAUGGCGCCAAACCCAAAGCUCAACCCGAUCGCAAACCACCAACUCAACCUAACAGUUUUCACCCUACAGUCUCAAGUGAUGUGGAUGACUUUUACGCAUUCGUGAUCCUACACGAAGCCGAAGAUGCUGACGAAGCACAAAGAUUAAGGGACAAACUUGAGGGAAUCAUUUCCGCAAAUGGCGCAACAUUCUCCGAAGACUUCGCCCAAGCUGGAAAAUCAACGUUAAGAUGUAUCGAGGACGCCAUCGAAAAUUCUGCGUUCGCGUUACUACUGCUCACCCAGAACUUCAAAUCAAACCAAAGCAUGACGACCACAGAUUCUGCCAUCAUAAAUUCGCUGGAAAACCACCACAAACUGAACUCUGUUAUUCCACUGCUGCCUUGCAAGAAUCGAUUGUCGCAUAAUAAUUUACCAUUGGUGCUUAAGACAAAAGUGGCUCUUGAUGAAAAAACCAGAACAUUCGAACGCAACGCCUCGAAGGCCAUUUCCCGGGAUGCUGUAGAAAAUCAAAGGAGAAUUUGGAUGAAAAAUCUGCGACUUAAGAAGCUACAAGAGGAAAACAAGAAACAACAGGAGGAGAACGUCGUAAAUGCAAACUUUCGACUAGAGCUGGAAAAAUCAGCGCGACUGAAACGAGAAAGUGGAACUCCGCAUAAUAACAUAUUUUAUUCAUCAUCUGCUCCACCUCCGUCAUGUGGACCGAUGCUUCAACAACAUGAUCCGUGGCUGCAGAAACCAUCAUACAUCCAUAUUGAGAAUGCACAGAACAUUAUGAUCGGAAAUCAUUCAACGAUGAAUAUUGAGCACACCAAAAGCUCAGCCGAAGAGUCGUAAACCUGCACGAUUUUUUAAAACUUUGUGAGAAAUCACACGCAUCUCUGUGACAGAAGUGUUGUUUUAGCCAAUCAGGACACACUAUGAGUGUCAAUCAUUUUAAUGCUGAGAUCCGAUUGGCUGAUGUGUUUUGGGGGCGGAGUUUGGGAGAGGUCUUAAUAUUAAAAUCAACUACAGUUUUAAUUUGACCUAAUACUAAUGUGUUUCAGUCAUUUGUCAGUCAAUGUUAUUUCAGUCCAUGUUCAACAUGGACGGGUUAAUUACAAUCAUUAACAAAUUGUCUAUAUUUUUAAGUAAAGGAUUUUAAUAAAUGAAGAAAAUGAUGAUACUUUA